UGUCAAUAUUCCGAAAGAAGAGACAAAAGAGUGAAAACUCGGUGGAUUUCUCGAAACAGCGAGUGUUUACCAAACUCAAUUAAAUUGCCGAUGAAACGUUAAGCAACGGCACAGCGGGGAAGACUAACGGUCGACGUUGCAAAGUAAAGGUAACCUGGAUAUUUUUUUGUUGAUCGGCAAUUCCCAAAGCACUUUGCAGACUGUCGUCUCCAUUUUUGCUGCAGAAGUGAAGGAAACCGGAACAAGAUAACCACAGACAUUUAAAGUGGACUAUCCAUCUAUAAAAGCAAAAUUGCCAGAGUGACUCUUUUUGAGCCACAGCAAAGACCUUUUGUGGAUUUUUUUUUUUUUUUUUUUUGGAUGUCAAAGGAACAAAUCAUAAGAUUCUGAGUUGUGACCAAGCAGAAGUUAUUUUACUACUGGCCAUUUUGAAUGUGUAAACAUAGCACUUGGACUUAUAAAUCCAAAAUACUUAAAGAACACAAAAAGAAAAUUCUGGAUCACAAUUACAGCAAGGAUAAGAGUACUCCUUCAGACCGUUUUUGAAAGAAAAGACUGUUUUGGUCACAUAUUUGAUUUAUUUAUUCAUAUGAAUGUUAAUUUCUCCCUUUUUUGGAGAGUUGUCUUGUAAAUAGACAGAAUUCAUACGCAGACCUCUUCUUUUCAAGAGGUUUGAACGUCAGAUUGUGUACAAAAUACAUUCUUUAAAAAUAGAGAAAGAAAAAGUUUUUAUUUUUUUUACACACUGGUGCAUUAAGCAAGAACAUCGGUGAAAACGAGGAAAACAUAACGCAUUGAGGAAAAUUGUCGGUUAAUGUGUUGAACCCAUGGCUACUGCAAGGACAGCAAACCCCGCACCAAUGCUUGGAUUGAACAAACCAGCAAAUGGGCAGCUCAGAGGACAGACGGGACUCCUUCCGACUGCCCAACAGCCCAAUGCCCUCCAGAAAAGGACCAGCAUUCCUCAGAGCAGUGGUGGCAUCAAGUUUGGUGAUGACUGGAAGAAGUGCCUGGAGCUUCCUCCAAGAGACACCAGGAUGAGAACUUCGGAUGUGACAUCAACCAAGGGAAAUGAAUUUGAAGACUACUGCCUAAAGCGGGAACUGCUUAUGGGAAUCUUUGAAAUGGGAUGGGAGAAACCGUCCCCUGUCCAGGAGGAAAGCAUCCCCAUCGCUCUGUCAGGCAGAGAUAUUUUGGCUCGGGCCAAGAAUGGCACAGGAAAAAGUGGAGCCUACCUCAUCCCUCUCCUGGAGAGGAUAGACCUGAAGAAGGAUCACAUACAGGCCAUAGUAAUGGUGCCAACAAGAGAGUUGGCCCUGCAGAUGAGCCAGAUCAGCAUUCAGCUCAGCAAGCACCUAGGAGGUGUCAAGGUCAUGGCGACCACGGGUGGCACCAAUCUGAGGGAUGACAUCAUGCGUCUUGAUGAGACAGUGCAUGUAGUGAUUGCUACUCCAGGCAGGAUACUGGACCUUAUCAAGAAGGGUGUGGCAAAAAUGGAUAAGGCCCAAUUGAUUGUGAUGGAUGAGGCAGAUAAGCUGCUGUCCCAGGACUUUGUGGUUCUGAUAGAAGAUAUAAUCAGCUUCAUGCCAAAGGAUCGUCAGAUUCUGCUUUACUCUGCCACGUUUCCCAUCAGUGUGCAAAAAUUCAUGAGCAAGCACCUGAAGAAGCCUUAUGAGAUCAACCUGAUGGAGGAGCUGACCUUGAAGGGCAUCACUCAGUACUAUGCCUAUGUGACUGAAAGACAAAAGGUCCACUGUCUCAACACACUGUUCUCUCGGCUUCAGAUCAAUCAGUCCAUCAUCUUCUGCAACUCAACCCAGAGGGUUGAGCUUCUGGCCAAGAAAAUCACCCAACUGGGUUAUUCGUGCUUCUACAUUCAUGCAAAGAUGAUGCAGGAAUACAGGAACCGUGUGUUCCAUGACUUCAGGAAUGGAUUGUGCAGAAACCUGGUCUGCACAGACCUGUUCACUCGGGGAAUUGACAUCCAGGCAGUAAAUGUGGUCAUCAACUUCGACUUCCCCAAAAAUGCAGAGACCUACCUGCACCGCAUUGGAAGAUCAGGGCGCUUCGGUCAUCUGGGUCUGGCUAUCAAUCUGAUCACUUCAGAAGAUCGCUACAACCUGAAGAAUAUCGAGGAUCAACUGGUCACUGACAUUAAACCCAUCCCCAGUUGCAUCGAUAAGAGCCUGUACGUGGCAGAGUUUCACUCUGUUGACCCAGAUGCAGAGGACGACGAAGACGGCGGAGCCAAAAGCAAGGAGCUGGGAGCAAUCUGAGUGAAUGGAGAAACACGGCGCCUGGCAUUCGUCACAUGGUAUUGACAAGGCAUGACAGAAAUCCUCCCUUGGAAUCUUGUGUUCCCAGUUUGAUGCCCAAAUGGUCUAAUUUUGAUUUCUUUUCAUUUCCUGUUUGAGUUUACAGUCGUCUCCCGUUCUGUCUGUGCAUAUAUUAGUAAACUGGUAUCUUCUCAUUGCAACUUCAAUCAUUUGAACUUUCUGCCACAGAUGGUCACUACAUGUGAUUUGGGCUAUUGCUUAAGUCUGUCAUUGAACUCAGCCACUCUUGACAAUGGAUGGACUUUGUCGUCCUUUGUACUUUGCUGUAGGAAUGAAAAUGUGAAACCAAAGGUAGACUUGGAGGAUAAAGCCCAUCUCAUGGCAGUGUGCACAUCCUGCUGACAUGUCUUUUGAGCAAAUUACUUAAAAGAAACUCACCCCCCCCCCCUUUUUUUUUUUUUUUUUUUUUUUUUUGUGUGUCCAAAAAGCUACACUCAGUGGUUACUUUAUUAGCUGCACCUGAAUGAAAGCCUGAAUCUGUCAUGCCAGGAAUUUAAAAGCUGCUGGAAACAUUCCUUUUUUAAAUGAUGCUCAGUUAGUAUUAAAUGGCCAAAAGUGUGCCAAAAUGAUAUUCUUAAACUCAUUCAUUACACUGCCGCCACCAGCCUGAAACGUUCGAUUCAUGUUUACACCAAAUUCUGACCGUCAUCUGCAUGGCCAUGGGACAUCUAUCAUUCAUCUGCUGUGCCUAUCUCCUCUGGCCUCAGCGCUUCGUCUGCAUACUUCUGCUCUGACAGUGAUUUGCAUACCUUCCUUUCAACUUGAACCAAUCCAACCAUUCUCCUCUCACCUCCCUCAUUAGCAAGGCACUUUUGUUGUCGCAGUUUUUUUGGUGUGUGUGUGUGUGUGUUACCGGAUAGACUAGUAUGUUCUCGCACCAACAAUCAUUCCACAGUCAAAUUCCCCCUCUAUUCAGAUGCUUGGUCGGAAUUGUUUUUUUUAUUUAGUAGCUGUUUUAGACAUUGAGCAGGUGUACCUAAUAAUGUGGCCACUGGGUGUAAUUAUUUUUGUAACUUUUGCCAUCAUUCCAGGUUUGUUAUAGAUAACCUUUUGCUUACUAACUUUCAUGCUGACAUUUGGGGAUGCAGCUGUGAAAUAGGGCGGCUUGUACACGUAUCCAAUCUUUAAAAGGGAUCCAAAGUUGGAAGAGUUGACACAGAGUUACAAAAGUAUUGAUAGAGAUGGCUUGAGAAACCAAAAUGACCACUUUGCUCUUUGCGAUGGUAAAAAGAUGGCUGCUAUGGUGUUCCAGUAAAGCACCUGAAACAGUGCUGCUGAUGGUGAAAUUGUUACUUUUUUUUAUAUUGAAGUGUUAACUGUGGAAAUACGAAUUUAAAGAUGGCAGUGUAAUGUCGGUGACAUUGUAGUGCAUUUUGUCGAAGCACAGAUCCCAUAAUGACAAUGUCGGUAUUUAAUUGUGGAAUUACUUUGAUCCCCUUUUAAAGCCAUAACACCAGGCAGCAUUUUCUUGAGGUUAUCAGUAAUUAACAUGACGGGAUGAGAUGGCCGAUAGUUUACAUGUUGUUACCGGCCAACUUGUUGCGUCAUGUCGAUGUCGAUUCUGUGUCCCUCCUCCUCUCCAAAGUGCCUUAGUGUAACGUCAAACUUCUUACUUUGCCCAGACUCUUGUCCCAACUUUGUGUUGUAGGUAAAACGGCCCCCAAACAAUUCCUCAUUGGUUUCAGUUUUGAAAAAGCACAGUUAAAGUCACAGGAUUUCAGUUUCUCCUUAUUCAUUUGUCAUGACAAAUUGUAUAUAUGACUAGUUGUCAGAAUAUAUUACUGCCUUGGACUUCUUGACAUAAGCACAAUGUCACAGAAGAUUAUGUAUUUCAAAUUUAAAACAAUACUGUGAAAUUUCCACUUUUUUUUUUUUUUUUUUUUUCCCCCCUUAUGUUUUGGUUCCCCACUUUUUCAGCCUCGGUACAGUCUGCAAUCAAUACACAACCAUCUUCUCAGUGGGUCUGUAACUUCAGACUAUUUUGGUCCAUCACUGUAAUCUUGAAAAAUGAAUACCUUUGACUUAAUGACCAGAUGUUUAACUAGAAAGACAGACAGGCAACAAUUUUCUGUUAAAUAUGUCAAUGUCGGCGCCCGAAAUGCAUUAAACUCCAACUGAUUUGACUCC